AUGGGGGUGGUCGAACUUCUCGAUUGCCGCCAUGGCCGCGUCCUUCUCACGGACAAACGGCGGGAUGACCUCAUCCUGUGCGACCCUAUCAUCGGUGAGCAGCGCCUCAUGGCUGUUUCGCCAGAGUUCGUAAGAAAAUGCUUCAACGGGACUGUGCUAUGCGCUGCCAUCGACCAUGACCACAUGCAUGAAAGCUGCCACUCGAGCCCCUUCAAGGUGGUGUUGACCUCCUACCUCGGAUUGGAUAAUCAACUUAUCGUGUCUGUUUACUCCUCUGAGACUGGCAUCUGGGGUGAUAUCAUUUCAACAACCGCUUCAUAUCAUCUUUUUGAUUAUGAUACCCCUGGGUUGUUUGUUGGUAAUGCACUUUACUGGUCGCGGGAUACUAUAGGUGAUGGCAUGCUUAAGUUUGAUUUGGAUGAGCAGAGCCUAGCUGUGAUCAAGGGGCCUCUUGUUACAAAUGAUUUUAACCAUGGUAGUCGUUGCAUCAUCCAGGCAGAGGAUGGCGCGCUUGGCUUCGCCAUAUUGUCUUACCCUCACUUACAAAUGUGGCAGAGGAAUAUCAUUUGCCAUGGUGUUGCCACAUGGGUGCUAUGGAAGACCAUUGACAUGCGGACAAUUCUUGGGCUCCCUAAACAGAUUCAAGGAAAGAGGGCACUUAUAAGACAUAUACUGGGAUGCCUCGAGGAUUGUGAUGAAAUACUUGUAUCUGUGGACCGUGGUGCCUAUAUGGUUCAACUCAAGUUGAUGAAGUCCAGGGAACUUUGUGAAAACAGUUUGUUAACUCGCUAUCAUUCUUUCAAGAGUUUCUAUCCUCCAGGUGAUUUUUCAUCCUUAGUCCUCAUAUUGUAG